CUGUAUUGGUCAACUGCUUCAAUUGCCAAUCGAUCAAUUAUCCAGGUGCCAUGUAAGCCCUCGAGAUGGGGGAGGAUGUCGGUAAACAUACCUCUCGAGAGUAUUCCAAAGUUGGCCGGACACGUCAGUCUUUGGGCAAUCCCGUACUGGACAACAUGGCGACCCAACUGUUAAACAACGACCUGUUUCUGAACGUGAUCAGGAAGGCCCGGAACGAUCCGUCGAUCGUCCUCUGCCAUGGGUGCAGACUUCGGUCUGAUGGCGAGCACUGCGAUCGUGGUGGGUUUGAGUCGUACAAGACUGCAAUUCACUUCCGAUCGAGCAGGUACCAGCAGGAACAGGCCGUCAACUUGACGGUGAAGAUCGGUGCUGGAGGAUCUAGCGAGGAAGAUUCGCAGGAGGUCAGACUGUAUGGAGAAGUGCUGCCUGCAAUGGCUAAGGUGUUGAAAGAAGCUGGGAUCGAUCUACAGUAUCCAAGAUUGAUCCAUGCAUCCAACAAACCUAAUACGGUUCUGAUAUUGGAAGACAUUCAAUCUCUUGGAUGGAUGAAAACGAAUCAAACGUUUGCAACUUUUGAGGAUGUUCUACCGGUUAUUCAAAGCAUAGCUGAGUUGCACGCGGUGUCGUACUUCUUACAUCAAACGUCUACCGAUCUCUCCUGCUACGACGCAUCGUCUGGCAUCGACACCUCAAUCGAAAGCAAGUUUGAGUCCAUCUCCAACGAAAUUAAAUCAUGGAAAAACUGCGAGGAAAUCGCCUCAAAGUUUGAAGCCUUAAAAUCUUCGUCAAAAGCCAAGCUUGCACAAGUCUUCGCGCCAGUUCCCAAAGGCACCGGAUACAACGUGCUGAACCACGGAAACCUCCAGCGGCAAUGCUUGCGCUUCAAGCCGUCCGCUGGGACGAUGCUGACCGAUUACCGUUGCCACUGGGGCUCUCCGGCUAUCGAUUUGAUCUGUCUGUUGGAUAAGAUUGUGACACCUGCGCUGAAGGCAACCCAUCGGCGGGAGAUUGUGUACGCGUACUAUCAGCACUUUGUGCAAAUUUUGGACGCGAUCGGAUAUCUUGGGGUUGUUCCGAGGUUGGUCGAGCUGCAAAUGGAGCUGCUGAGGAAGGGGUUUUUGGAAGUCUUCCAUGAAGUUGAACGAGCUGGCACAGGAUCGGAUUUGAUUAACGGUCACUCAGAGCCGAGCGGUUUUCCAGGUCAUGAUCAUAUGAAACAUUUAUUUCAUCAUGAGUUUUUACAUAAAGGGUUGUUAGGUUAAAAUAAAUCAAAUUAUGC